AUGUCUAAACGAAUCAAUACAUUCUUUCAGCCCAUCCCAUCUAAGAAGCCCAAGCAGGAACUGGCCGAAAAAUGUUCGGUCACCCACCAUCCUACCUACCCCUUUGCUAUCCGCGACCUCCCCUCUAGUAUCUCCACACCCCUGGUCAACAGAGAUAGCCCGGAAGGCAAACACAUCGCGAGCCAACCACACCUGGACCUCCUUUACUUUACUCCAUUCGUGCCGCCCCCACUGUCACGCCAACUGUUCCACUUCCUCCGACGGGAACUCCCCUUCUACCGCGUCUGCUACACCAUCAACCGCGGCGGCCUCUCCACAGAGGUCAAGACCCCACGGUACACAACCGUCUUUGGGGUAGACAGUACGUCGCGAUUUGCCACUGAAUGGGAGUCGACCACUUUGCUCGACUCGGCGUCGAACCAGCCCGCCCCGGAAAAUAAGUACAGGGUCCCACCACGACCGAUCCCCCCCUGCCUCGACGCCCUCCGUCAGUGCGUCGAAGCGGCCACCAACCGCCGGGGACACUACAACUUCAUUCUCGUUAACUACUACGCCACGGGGGAUGAUAGCAUUGCGUACCACUCCGACGACGAGCGGUUCCUCGGCGCGCAGCCCAUUAUCGCAUCGCUGUCGCUCGGCGGGACGCGUGAUUUUUUCCUCAAACGCAAGUCCGCCCCCCCGGGGAGCGCAGGAAAGAUCCCACCACCGAUGAAAUUCGCCAUGGCGUCCGGUGACAUGGUCAUCAUGCAGGGUGAGACCCAGGCGCAUUGGCUGCACGGGCUGCCGAAGCGGAGGGGAUCGACGGGUCGACAGGGGAGAAUCAACAUCACCUUGCGGCGGGCGGUGAUUCCCGAGGGGACGAAUAAUUAUUAUCGGUAUAAUGUUGGUCAGGGAGAGAUGUACCGGUGGUGUUCGGCGAAGGGAGAGAUGCCGACCAUGCUGAACAUGGAUCGAAAAAUGAAGUGCAUCAACUAG